AUGGACUUAUGCCCAUCGGAUUGGUUUGAUUCAAACCUGGUUACAAUCCCAGCAUCAAUCGAUUUAACCCAAAAUGGGACUCGAAAUAAGAGAAAACGUGAAACGACAAAUCGAAUUGGUGUUGAUGACCUAGAACAACCGGAGGAACAGUUCAAUCAGAUUGAUCGAAAGAGAAUUACUCGGUCGUAUAAAUGUAACAGUUUGCCGAAAGUGACAUCAGAAAUAUAUGUGAGACAUGGCUUUUAA